AUGUCUUCCAUGUCGAGAAGAUCGCCGGUGACGCCGCCGUAUGACGAUGAUGAUAACGAAAGCCAAAAAUGCCUACAGGGUUUGAAGACAACUCCGCCAUCAUCUUGUCUGCCAGUACCUACCAUGACUUUCUCACCGCCUGCAACUCCUCGCCACGUCCGACCGAAUAAAGUAUCUCUGAGGCUGAGAAGCAAUUCCGGCUUGACAUUACACACAAACGAAGAUGCCUUCCAUCGUUACACAGACUACAACCCGGACGGAUCCCCGAGGUCUCCUACCUUCGGUCCCGGCAUAUGGGCCAGCCUGGACAGCGUCUCGACAGGCUUACGUCGGAGUAUUGGACCACCAGUAAGGGAGGUGGAACACAUUGAGACCCUUCCGAUUCUAGACUUCUUGGGACAAGAAGUAUUUCAGAUGAUCCUGGGCAACGCGCAAACCUCGCAACGAUUUUUUCAGUUCGCCCAAACCCGGGGGUUUGGCUCCGAUGUCGAAUUUCUUCUCCGAGUUCAAGAAUAUUCCAGAUCGCUUACACAAUUUGGCAAGCAAGCCUCGUCAAUGCCGACGCCAACGAACCUCCCAUCGCCAGUAACGAAGUCUCUCAACGCCGAUAUGAAGCAACUAACCGGUUCCGUUCUUCCUGGGCUUGAGACACUUUUUGCGGAGUCAAAACGCUGUGUGGAAAAAAGAGUGACACGAUCAAUUUAUCCUGGUUUUGUGAAGCAUCAGCUGGCACUCUGCACGUCAGCUUCGUUGUCUGGUUCUCGCGGUCCAAAAUAUCCCGGCCUUGGUGAAUCUUUCUGCCUCACUGAUGCUCUCAGUUCCGAAAACCAUAUCAUCGCCGCCUCUGACGCCUUCUUUACGUUGACAGGAUACCUCAAGACCGAGGCUUUGUCGGGUAAUUGUAGGUUUCUGCAAGGCGCUCUCACUGAUAGAGACGCUAUUAAACGCAUUCGUGACGCUCUAUCGCGGGAAGAAGAAUCUAUCGAACUCAUACUCAACUAUCGCCACGAUGGGUCUCCUUUCUGGAACCUGCUCUUCACUUGCCCAUUGUCGGACGCUUCGGGUAAAGUCCGCUACUAUCUCGGUGGCCAAAUCGAUGUCUCUGAGAAUGUCGAAGCCUAUAAAGACCUCAUGCGGGUCUUGAACUUUGGUCCGGCUCUGGAUGAAGUAUCAAAGGACGAUGGUACGGGCCGGGAGUCACGAACCAGCCGGCGAAUGAGUCGGACCAGCAGCCGCGAGCGGAAAUCGGAGCGCAGAACCAGCCUUCGAAACCGGGAUAGCCUGCACAACAAAGGGCCGAAGAAGAGCCUCUUUCAGCCUUUCCGCAAGAAUACGACACACAACAACAGCAACAAUCAAGAAAACACGGCACCCUCGCAGGGCGUAGGGCUUGGCCUUGAGCAAUUGUUAGCUGUUGCAGGCACAGAGGAUUGUCUCCCGGUCGGUUCCCAGGUCCAGUCUGUUUACGAAGGCUACAGCCGCUUCGUAAUCCUGCAGAACACAGAUGGCCCUAUUGGUUUCCCACCAAGGACGUCGUCAUUGCCGGCCGAUCCAAGCAAACGGAAAGCGCCUCAGUUGAGCGUCGCUUUCUGUUCUACCGCAGCACUGGAAGUACUUGGUCUGGGGCUAGUCUCUGACAGCAUCAUGCACCGAGACGUGUUCACAGUUCUUUCAGAACUGGCUGACUCUCCGUCCAUCACGAAGAGCUUCAAGAACACUGUGCGCGAGCGGGUUCUUCGGGACGGCAAGGCGGCGACCUUGGAUGUGAUGCUCGGCGGCGGGUACUUGGCGCGAAAGGGCAGCCUUAUUGGUCUUGGUGGGAGAUCAUCCAAGGAAGACUCUGAGGGCCAUUCAAAGAAGCAUCACCGACCGACUAGCAGGACCGGAUUCGCCGGCUUUGUGAGCGAGUCAGGCAAGAUGGAGAAGCUUACUACUUACUGGACGCCGCUGAAGAACGCCGAGGACAAAGUUGAAUGGGUUGUGCUUAUCAUCACGCCGAUGAAAUGA